AGCCACUUGACGUAUAUCACAUUGAAGACUUUCGAAGGACCAGUAGUUGAUCGACAUCGCAGAGUAGUGGACAAGUUCGCUACGGCUCUUCUGCUAGUAUAAAUUCUUUGGGGCAGUCCUCAGAAUCCUCAGAAUCGAAAGAAGUGAAGAACUAGAAAGCUGAAGAGAAAUGGAGGUUCAUCGAGUGAGAUUGCUGGCUGUGUUGGCUGCUCUUCUUCUCGCAAUUGAAGGUGUUAGUUGCGUUCGGAUCCGCCUCUACAAUGCAUGUCCCUUCACAGUGUGGCCUGGCUGGAUUUCCAACUCCGGGAAGCCACAACUAGGAACCGGUGGUGUUAAACUCGAUUCCUGGCAGUCUCAUGACCUCAACCCCGGUGCAGACUGGGCUGGCCGUUUCUGGGGCCGUAGAGGCUGCAACUUCGACGGCAACGGGCGCGGCCACUGCGACUCGGGCGACUGCGGCGACAAACUUAACUGCGGCAACUCGGGUGGUGUCACUCCCGCCACCUUGGCCGAGUUCCAGCUCAACGGCCACGGUAACCAAGACUUCUACGACGUCUCGCUCGUGGACGGCUACAACUUGCCAAUGAGAAUCAACCCGGAGUGGAACUGCAAGUCGGCUGGCUGUCACAGCGACCUGAACGCUAUAUGCCCCAACGAACUGAAAGUCUGGAAGGAUAACUGGGUGAUCGGCUGCAAGAGCGCUUGCGAGGUUUUCCAAACGGAUGCUUACUGCUGCAGAGGAGCGCACGACAAGCCUGAAACUUGCCCUCCAACGCCUUUCUCCAAGGUGUUCAAGGAUGCUUGUCCACAGGCUUACAGUUAUGCUUACGACGAUUUGACUAGUACCUUCACCUGCGGUACGGGUGGGGGAUACACCAUAACCUUCUGCGCCAGUGGAGGAUUCGAAUUCGGAGCAGCUGGGGAACAAGCUGCUUUCAUUGAGAAGCUCUGAAGCCAUAACUGGAGAUACUGGCUGGCCUGGUUGCGUUUUCAGUGGAGCUGCUGAAGAAUGAUCAUGAAGGAAUGCUGGCUUUUUAAGUUUUUAAAACAGACCGGUUUUUUGCAGCAAAUGCCCUUUCGCGGCAUUUGCUGGAAUGCUAUAUGAAUGAGUAUAUUCUCGUCAA